GUUGGGGUCGUCUCGCUGCGUCUGGAAAACCCUAAGAACCGAGAUGCCCAGCUGGGGAUGAUGUUUUCCCCAGAAUGGCAGGGCUUGGGACUGGGCACCGAGCUCCUCCGCUGGCUCAUACCGCACGCAUUCGAUCAGCUGGGGCUGCACAGGCUGAGCCUAAAUGUGAAGGCGAGUAACGAGGGGGGGAAGCGUCUGUAUGAGAAGGUCGGGUUUGUGCUGGAAGGGAGGAGGAGGGCGGCGCUCUGGGAAGACGGAGGUUGGGUCGAUAUUUUGGAGAUGGCGAUCAUUGCAGAUGAGUUCGGGAAGAGGAAACGUGCG